GCGUCGCUUUCUUCUUUUCCACCUCCUUACUGUUAUUGUCUCCCGCCUGGUCCCAAUGAGUAUUGCUCUCGAUGCCCUCAUUUUUAUCACAGCAUGGGCCCAUGUCCUUCUAGCACCCUACACCAAAGUCGAAGAAAGCUUCAACCUUCAUGCUACUCAUGACGUGCUCAUGUACGGCGUUGGUCGAGAUUCGCUCCCUAAAUAUGACCAUUUUGUAUUUCCUGGGGCGGUACCUAGAACGUUCAUUGGUAGCGUGUUGCUAGCAUGGGCGUCGAAAAUAGUGAUCUAUAUUGCUGAACGACUGGGUUUCAUUUCUUCAAAGUUUGACCUCCAAAUAAUAGUUCGACUCGUCCUUGCCAGUCUCAAUAGCGUCGGACUCUGCUGUAUCCAACGUGGCGUUUCGCGACGUUUCGGUCGUCUCACAGGGCUUUUCUUCACCCUAUUCACGGUGUCACAGUUCCAUCUACCAUUUUGGAUGGGACGAACGUUACCAAACAUGCUAGCCCUGUUUCCAGUGAACCUGGCAACGUAUUUGGUUAUUGAUGGACCUCCCGCUGCUAUAUCACCAUCUCGUGCUCGAGUCACCACCAUUCUUGCUCUCCUGACCUUCACGGCAGUCGUCUUUCGCGCUGAGGUUCUCUUGCUACUUGGACCUCUGUCUUUGCAAUUCCUCUACCUUCGUUGCAUAACCUUCACUAGGCUUGUCAAGAUUGGUGUCCUUUCGGCACUGACUUCAAUAACGUUGACCGUCUUGGUUGAUUCUUAUUUCUGGAAGAUGAAAUACUUAUGGCCAGAGUUUUUUGGGAUAUAUUUUAACGUUUAUCAAGGCAAGAGCGCGGAUUGGGGUAUUGAACCCCCUGUGACAUACUUCACGAGAUAUCUUCCGCGGCUAUUGCUCUCCGCUGCGCAACUCGCACUACUAGGGUUUUGCAUCGACCAUCGCAUUCGCUCUCUCUUACUGCCUUCUAUCAUGUUUGUAGCUCUCAUCAGUGGAUUAGGUCACAAGGAAUGGCGAUUCAUCAUCUACGUUGUGCCUACCUUCAACGUGGCCGCAGCAAGAGCGGCAAAGUGGAUGGUGGGCCGUGGCAAGAACAGACUUUCUGGGAGGUUACUCUACGUUGGAACCUUCGGGCUCAUUCUUAUGAAUCUAGUAAUUACCUUUGCGCACACGUCCGCCUCCGUGGCAAACUACCCCGGAGGUGAAGCUCUUUCAUUGUUCAACCGAAGAUACCAGCACCUUCGUGUCCCCCCUCAUGUUCACAUAUCAAACCUUGCUGCUCAAACUGGGGCUUCCCUGUUCCUGCAGGAACAUUCGCCUCCUUAUUUGAGUGUUGUGAAGGACAAACCCUGGACGUACAAUAAAACAGAAAACCUGACCCUGCAAGAUUUGACUCUGUCUCGGUCUAUUACCCACUUAAUAAUGGAACCAACGGAGGCAGUACCAAAACAAUGGAAAGUAGUGGAGGAGGUGCAAGGAUUCGAUCGCUGGCGUCUUGAUCGCAGCAUCCUUUCUGAACGAAAAGAACUGUUGAUACGCCCAUGGGACAUUGUUACCAUGUCGAAAACGACGAUGUUGUGGAUUAUGGAGAGAAAUGAUUAACAUCGUUAAAGGUCAUUU